AUGAGGUUAUUGAAACGCAGCUAUGAUACCCAACGCCUGGUGCAGAAAUUCUCACUUGGGAGAGGAUUACCGGAUGAUCUUAUAUGUCUUUCACGAGCUAUUGAUGCUUCGGGCGAUAUUAAGUCAAUAUUGGAACAAAAACUCACAGCCGUGGAAUCCAAAGCCGCCGCCGAAGACGAUAUCAGUAACUCUAAAAGCAUCCGACCUCUAUUACACCGUUUAAACUUGCAUGGUCCAGGAGAAUUGUCACGGUCCAUACAAGAUUCAAUUGAUGAAGAAAUGCUUCUACAGAAGCAACGUGUGGAAGAGGAUGCAGCCGCUGGUGAUUCAGCCCUCGCCCAUGACGUGCUAUUAAGCGAAGGGUCAGAUGCAGACCUUAAUGCAAUGCCAAAGAAAGUCAAGGAUUCAAAAGUGGAUGGGCCAAAGGGGCCGAGUGGACCUGACUCCCCCAGUGACACCGCCUGGAUUAUGCGACCAGAUGCCAGCAAGAUUCUAAGAAAUCUACAUGACGCUCUUGAGAACCUUUAUUCUGAGAAAGCAAAGCUAACGAAAAGGCUCCAGCAGACGUUAGACACUGCACAGCUUAGCCUAAAGUGGACACCUGGUCUUGGCCAUAUCGUCCACAUGAAAGGGACCAAAGCAAUGAAAAAAUCACUAGAGGAUCUAGGGGUAACACGUACCGUCUCCUCCUCAAAAUCCACGCGCUCGUUUUAUAUACCAUCUUGGACCCAACUUGGUGCCAAGUUAGAAAGCAUGAAGCAACAAAUCAGAGCUGAGGAACAACACAUAUUCAAGAGGCUACGGCAUACGGUGAUUUUGAACCUAGUCAAACUCCGCCGCAAUGCAAGUGUUUUGGACGAACUUGACGUAGCUUGCUCUUUUGCAGCUUUAGCAAAAGAACAAGGAAUGGUUAGGCCGAUUGUUAACAAUGGUUUAAGCCACAAAAUCAUCGGCGGCAGGCACCCUACCGUUAAACUUGGAGUCGAAGAACAAGGUCGCCCCUUCGUCAGCAACGACUGCUUUGUAGGGGGUAAGGAGCGAAUUCUACUUAUCACUGGGCCCAACAUGGCUGGCAAGAGUACAUUUCUUCGACAAAACGCUCUUAUAACUAUCCUUGCUCAAGUGGGCUCCUAUGUUCCAGCUGAGUACGCAGAGAUAGGGCUUGUGGAUAAGAUAUUCAGCCGCAUUGGAGCAGCCGACGAUCUAUUCCGCGAUCAAUCAACCUUUAUGGUUGAAAUGCUGGAGACCGCAUCCAUCCUAAAACAUGCCACUCCUCGUUCGUUUGUGAUAAUGGAUGAAGUUGGCCGAGGAACUACCCCGGAAGAUGGAACUGCCGUAGGGUUUGCUUGUCUGCACCAUCUUCAUAAUGAGAAUAAAGCCCGCACUUUGUUCGCGACUCAUUUUCACGCUCUAGCGGAUAUGACGGCGGAUUUUGAGCACGUUGGCAGAUAUUGUACCGACCUGAAAGUGGAUUCAUCCGGCGGUUUCUCAUUCGUCCAUAAGUUAAGGCCUGGAAUUAACCGACAAUCUCAUGCACUCAAGGUUGCUCACCUUGCUGGCUUACCUCAAAGUGUGAUUGACGUAGCCAAAGACGUGAUUCAGAAAAUGCCAGCCAUGGAAACAGAGCUUGGCCAUCAAGUAGAAGAAGAUUGCCGCAAGGCAGCCCAUUCAGCCUCUUGA